AUGUCGCGGCAGCAUAAUCACGUCUUGAACCAUGUCGCAAUCUCCGUUCCUGAUUGCGACAAAGCCGUCGAAUGGUAUGGGAAAGUGUUUGGCUUCAGAAGGCUAAGUACAAGAACAGAAGCUAACACAAAGUCCAUCUGCAGAGGUGACCGCAUGACAAACCGCGCCGAAACUCAAGACGCACCAAUCUUCAAGAUCUACGAUUCCAAAUUGCACAAGGUCAAAAUCGCAUGGCUAGGCACCGGCAAUAGCGUGGGCUUCGAAGUCUUCGAAUUCAUCGACCCGCCGAAUAAGCCCUCCUCCGACUUUGACUAUGCGAAGACUGGGUUCUUUCACAUUGCUGUCACUGAGCCGGAUGUAGAAGGUGCAAUAAAACGAGUGCUAGAAAAUGGGGGAGAACAACUUGGAGAGACUGUGAGCAUGGGCGCUGAGGAUCAGGCGGCAUAUGUACGUGAUCCGUGGGGGAAUGUGGUGGAGCUCUUGAGUUGCAGUUUUGAGCAUUUGAUGGCAAAUAAAUGA